CGACUGGUCAACAAUAUCAUAUCUGGCAACAAAAUCGUAAAUGGAAAAAAUGCCCUGGUGGGGGCGUGGCCGUGGCAGGCCAGCAUGCGGUGGAAAGGCAAACACAACUGCGGAGCCUCUCUGAUCAGCAGCAGGUGGCUGUUAUCUGCAGCUCACUGCUUUGCUGCGAAAAAUAAUUCAGAAGAUUGGACUGUCAACUUUGGAACUAUAUUAAAUAAACCAUAUAUGACACGGAAAGUCCAAAACAUCAUUUUUCAUGAAAAUUAUAGCAGUCCUGCUAUUGAUAACGAUAUUGCCCUUGUGCAGCUUGCUGAAGAAAUUUCUUUUACGAAGUACGUUCGUAGGAUUUGUCUUCCUGAAGCCAAAAUGGAGCUUUCAGAAAAUGACAGUGUUGUAGUUACGGGAUGGGGAACACUUUAUAUGAAUGGUCCCCUUCCAGUGAUACUCCAAGAAGCCUUUUUGAAGAUUAUUGACAACAAAAAUUGCAACGCCUCACACGCGUUGUCUGGUUUGGUGAAAGAUGAAAUGUUAUGUGCUGGAUUUAUGUCAGGAGAAGCUGAUGCAUGUCAGAAUGAUUCUGGUGGACCGCUAGCUUAUCCUGAUUCCAGAAAUAUCUGGCACCUUGUUGGAAUAGUAAGCUGGGGUGAUGGAUGCGGUAAAAAGAAUAAGCCAGGUGUCUACACGCGAGUGACUUCCUAUCGCGAUUGGAUUACUUCCAAGACUGGACUCUGAAAGCAAAGUAAUUAUAAACUAAAACAUAAAGACAAUUAU